AUGUCGAUCAUGGAUUGCUCGAAAGAAGAAUUCGUUGAAGGCCAACUUUUGGAUGGUCGUUUUCGAACUGUGGCCCCCCUCAAUCAUGGGUCUUUUGGAAUAGUAUUCCUUGCCACUGAUACUCAAACAGGGCAAGACGUUGCUAUCAAACGUCUAGUCAAGGGCCCCUCAACGAGUUCUGACGACGAUCGCUUCGAAGAACUCGAGUGUCACCGACGCUUUGGUUUCCAUCCGAACCUGGUCAACUUGGUUCAUACAUUCGACACCGAGACUCAUAAAUAUCUUGUUUUGGAGUACUGUGCCAAUGGAGAUUUAUACGAGGCCAUCCGCCUCAACCGUGGUCCACUUGAGACUGAGCACGUUCGCGAUUUCAUGCUUCAGCUGAUUAGUGCCGUCGACUUCAUGCAUGCCAAUGGCUUGUACCACCGUGACAUCAAGCCGGAGAAUAUCUUCCUGACACAGGAUGGCUCCAUGAAGCUUGGCGACUUUGGUCUUGCUACGCAAGAUUCGUGGUGUCACGAGGCCUGUGUUGGCAGCGACCGCUACAUGGCCCCCGAGCAAUAUGAUCCGAGCAUGACAGGAUACUCUCCCGCAAAGGCCGACAUCUGGUCCGUGGGUAUCUGUCUGUUGAACAUUCUGUUUGCUCGGAAUCCCUUUGUCACCCCCACCGAGUCCGAUGUACUCUUUGCGGAUUACGUGCGCGAUCGCCAGUCGCUGUUCGACAUCUUCCCCAACAUGUCUCAGGACACUUAUGAGAUUCUGACCCAUGCCUUGACCAUUGAUCCCACCAAGAGGUCUUUGUUGGAGGUGCGUGAUUGCAUCCUCCGCGCCGUCUCUUUCACUACCGACGACGAAUCUCUUGAUGAGUUCUGCACCGAAGAUCGCGAGGUGGUUGCCGCUAGCGCCAACCGCGAACCCCUUCGCACCCCGUCCCUCCAGAGCCCCCAUGUCAACCAGGGAGAUUCUUUCCCAUGGGCCAAGGCGCUCCAGUCGAGCCCUCCCCAGGCUAUUCGACAACUCUCUGCCAUCCCGGAUAACGAAAGCUACACUGAGGAUCUGUUCCCGGCUUCCGAAGCUGCGGGAUCCUCGUGGUUUUCGUCUCAUAUGGAAACUCCAUCAGUAGCUUCCGUCUUGGACUCUCAGCUAAGUGAAUCCUUCGUCUUGCUCAACCUUCGCAAGCGUGAGGUGCCGCGUCUUCCUCGCUCUGAUCCGGUUUCCAUCACUGGAUCACUGCCAUCUCAUGCAACAAAGCCCCUGCCUUCUUUGUCGAUGGUCUUUGGCAACAACAAAGGUGCCGACAAGAUCUCAAAGAGCUGGUGCGACAUGUGGGACGAAGAGGAGUCUGAGAAUGAGGAUCUGGCCGUGAUGCAACGCCGGGAGCAGAACUCUCGCAGCUGGAGUCAAGAGAGCCAGGGAGCUGCCCUCCCAAAGUUGCGCGAGCCGGACUCCGCUUCUCUCAACCAGGACUCUCAAAGCUCAGAUGUGGAUCUGAAGAUGGAACCUCAUGUACUAGGGGAUCUUUCUCUGGACGAAGACAGCGACUCGAGUGCGUCGAGCAGCACACCCCGCCCCAUGCGGAAUUCCCCACCCGAGCCGUCUAGUGCUGAUAAGUGGUCGAUGCUUGGUGAGGUGCGACGCAAGUACAAACCCGAGGACGAAGCGCGCAAGUACAAGCCUCGCAAGUCGCGUGAGGUGUUUGGUCCCAAGAGCGUUGUUGCGAACAGUCGGCGACACGAUUGGGGCCGAGGCACUUCCGGGUACCACCAGACCAAAACCAAGCCCGCAUCGCCCAUGGACAAUCGCCGUCGCCAUUUGAUUGAACGACAGGAUUGGCGCAGCAAUGUCUCCCAAAGUUUCCUACCUGACGAUGGAAGCGUCGAUGACGAUCUUGACCUCGUCGGCGGGUGGCAUGAGACUCACUUCUAG